UUGACAAAACAAACCAUUCUCUCUCUCUCUCGAGCUUUCACUGUUCGUGAACAAAAACUUGUCGUAUCAGUAUACACAUGCAUGUGUUAAUGACGGUGGUGGAGGAAGAAAGAAGCAUAGAGGAAGAGCUUUUGCAGCACGAUGACCUAAACGACGAUUCGGGAUGUCGUAUUACUGCAUGUGUUGUCCUAAGCACUUUGGUCUCUGUUUGUGGCUCCUUCUCCUUUGGUGUUGCUAUGGCUUAUACUUCAGCUGCUGAGAUAGAAAUUAUGAAGGACUUAGGUCUUUCCAUCUCGCAAUUUUCAGCGUUUGCUUCAUUCAACACAUUGGGAUCUGCAAUAGGAGCUUUGUUCAGUGGUAAAAUGGCGAUAUUACUUGGCAGAAGAAGAACAUUGUGGGUCUCUGAUAUCUUUUGCAUCAUUGGUUGGUUCUCCAUAGCUUUCGCUAAGGAUGUGAUGUGGCUAGACUUGGGAAGAAUCUCCUCAGGGAUAGGGCUCGGCUUAAUUAGCUAUGUGGUACCUGUCUAUAUAGCUGAAAUUUCUCCAAAACAUGUUCGUGGUACAUUUAACUUUUCAAACCAGCUUCUUCAAAGCUCUGGAACAGCCAUGGUUUAUUUUACUGGGAGUUUUAUCAACUGGAGGACAUUGGCUCUAUUAGGUGCUUUACCAUGCAUAAUUCAAGUGAUCGGUUUAUUCUUUGUUCCAGAGUCUCCAAGAUGGCUGGCAAAAGUUGGUACUGAGACAGAACUCAAGAACUCACUAGUUAGGCUUAGAGGGAGAGGUGCUAAUAUUUCACGUGAAGCCUUAGAGAUUCAAGUUGUAACCAAAAUGGUAGAAAAUGAUUCAGGGUCGAGUUUUUCUGAUUUGUUCCAGAGAAAAUAUAGAUACACUAUCGUGGUAGGAAUUGGGUUAAUGUUGGUUCAGCAAUUCUCAGGAAGUGCUGCUGUAAUCUCUUAUGCAAGUACCAUUUUUAGAAAAUCUGGUUUUCCGGUGGCCGUUGGAUCGACGGUGCUCGGCCUCUACAUGGUACCAAAGUCCAUGAUUGGUGUCAUUCUUGUUGAUAAAUGGGGCAGACGACCUCUCUUGUUGACUUCUGCAGCUGGGAUGAGCAUAUCUUCUAUACUUAUUGGAAUCGCCUUCACGUUACAGAAAAUGCAAUUGCUACCAGAAAUGACUCCAACAUUCACGUUACUAUGCAUUUUGCUGUAUAUUGGAUCUUUUGCAAUAGGUUUGGGAGGUCUUCCUUGGAUAAUUAUGUCUGAGAUAUUUCCAAUAAAUAUAAAAGUAACAGCAGGAAGUAUCGUUACGCUGGUCUCAUUUUCAAGUAGUUCGAUCGUAAAUUACACUUUCAACUUUUUAUUCGAGUGGAGCACCCAAGGAACAUUUUACAUAUUCGGAGGUAUUGCGGGAGCAGCGUUACUCUUUCUUUGGUUUAUCGUCCCGGAAACGAAAGGAUUAUCACUUGAAGAGAUACAAGCUAAGCUUAUCUAUCAUCAGUCUGUUGAAAUAAAUCAAACUUAGAUAAAUUUUAUCAUAUGGCGUUCUGCUAAGAAAAAUUAUAGGUUCAUCUUAAAUAUAUACAUGAACAUUGUUUAGGAAUAUGUAAAAGAACUUGUUGAAUUUUCGUCUCAAAUUGGCUAAGUGAUUAAAAUUAAAUA